CCAAGCAAAAAACGCAGCCACGAAGAUCUUAUAUGCGCGGACGUUUUGCCUUCAUAUGGAGGGCGAAGUUCCGAUACUAAAACUGAAAAUAGCGCGUUGCAGAAUUAAUGUAUAUAAAUAUGUAAAGCAUAAUCGAUAUUUCAGAAGCCAAUGAAUAUCAUAACCGAACCAACGAGAAAAAGCCUCUUAGACGUGGUGCGGUGCAAUCUUCGCGCCGCGGGUCGUAAAACUUACAUUACGCGAGUCGUUUACGUCGGGGAAUACUACGGAGCUUAUGAAGUUUUGUCAAAGGUGGGUGUUGUCGUAAAUCAUACGCGUCGUAUCUUUACGUAAACUCUUGCGAAUUGUGAAUAAAAUGCAAUUUCCGCGAAAGAUUCAUCAUACUUUCAAGCGACGUCAACGGAAAAUCGCGGGACUUUCGAAAAGGAAGUAUAAAAUAUGUUGACGCCGUGUUACAUCCAAAUUUUCUCACUUUAAAUCAUAAUUAGAGUCGGUCUCCUUCCUAUAUGAUUUUUGUAUUACGUUUUCAGAGAAUGGAAAGUAUUAUAUUUGAUUUACGCAUGGAUUACGGUGACAUGCUUGUUACAGGAUUAUUCCUCAUUUAUCCGACGUAUUAUGUCCACGUGUUAGAGGCGUGGGAGGAUAUUAUUUACAAGCAUUACGAGCUUAUGUACGCCAUGGAGAACGACGAAUGCGAAUUGGGAAAGGCGAUUCCUCUGUCUUCGUAUCAUCACGUUUAUCAAAGAUUCUUUAGCGAUUGGUGUCACGUGUACACGAUACCACCCACGUUACUUGGAUCAUUAGAAGGCUACACAUUAGAAUACAUUCAGAAACAAGUCUCUAACUGCUUGACAAAAGUAUACAUGUUAUGCGAAUAUAUAGCGAACACUAUGUGCGAAAAGUCGAUCGACGUUCGAGACGCGUUGCACGGUUUUGGAAGCAGGGCGGCUCGAUACCUACCGGAGAGCACGAUCCUUGAAUUCCUCUUGCAUGUGGAAUCGCCCGUUCUUGAGACCGUCCAGGAUCGUUUGCGAAUGUACUCGGACGUAUCGCCAAGCGAGUUUUGGGACGGUGAGAUAUAAUUAUACGCGCGGAUUUAUUUUCGAGAA